GAGGGAGGAGGAAGGCUGGAGCGAGCUAACAAAGACUGGGAGGCCAGGAAGGAGAGACAAAGAGGAGGUGGCAACAACUCGCUUUCUUCAUGUGGGGGAGGAGAGGGGGAGGAUUAACCGGCUGAUCUGCAACACACACAUUUCUAUAUAGACACACCAAACACACACGCGGCUGAGCAUCAGCAGGAUCAACAUCAUCACCAGCGGUGGCGAGCCAGAGACAAAGAGUGAGACGGGGUGGGGAGUGGGGGGGGGAGAGUGAACGGGGACCAUUUCACCAUCUGAGGACAGACAGACGGAAGGACUGGCGAGAGGAUUGACGGACGGAUGUGAAGAGAGACAGGCGACCUGAAGAAGGACAGAGGGGAGGAGGGACGGACACACGGCCUUCACCACGUCCAGUUGUGUUCGAGCGCAAUGGCCGACCACAUGUUUGUGUGUGUGUGCUGAGUGUGUGUCUGUGGUGGGUGUGUUCUUCAUGCGAGUGUGAAGUGUGUGAGUGUGUGUGUGUGUGUAUGAUGGGGAACACGGAGAGCAUGGAGAGCCAGCUGGCUGUGAUCCGGUCCAGAGCUGCACCAGUCCGACUCCCAAUGCCUGAUGCCGCCGAGCUGGAGGAGAGGUUUUCCAUUGCCCUGAAUUCCAUGAACCUUCCUCCAGACAAGGUGCGUCUGUUGCGUUCCUAUGACAACGAGAAGAAGUGGGAGCUGAUCUGUGAUCAGGAGAGAUUCCAAGUGAAAAACCCUCCGCACACGUAUAUCCAGAAGUUGCGAGGAUUUCUCGACCCAGCGGUCACACGCAAGAAAUUCAGGAGAAGGGUCCAAGAGUCAACGCAGACACUCCGAGAACUUGAGAUUUCUCUUCGCACAAACCACAUCGGUUGGGUGAGAGAGUUUCUAAAUGAGGAGAAUCGAGGUCUGGACGUUCUGGUGGAGUAUUUGUCCUUUGCACAGUAUGCUGUCACGUUUGAUGGCGAGCAGUCAGAGUCUGGAGGAGAUGCAGCUUCUAUUGACUCUCCAUGGAGUCGGUCCAUAGAAGAUCUCCAUGGUGACUGCAGUCUCCCUUCCCCGUCCUCCUCUGUACCCAGAACAGCACGACACUCCAUCAGUAGUUCCACGUUGGUGACUCGCUCCAACACGCUGCCCAGUAGUCGCACUCUGAAAAAUUCCAGACUGGUGUGUAAGAAAGAUGACGUCCACGUGUGCAUCAUGUGUCUUCGAGCUAUCAUGAACUACCAGUACGGUUUCAACAUGGUCAUGUCUCAUCCACACGCUGUAAACGAAAUUGCUCUGAGCCUCAACAACAGGAAUGCAAGGACAAAGGCUCUCGUGUUGGAAUUGUUAGCGGCGGUGUGUUUGGUCAGAGGAGGACAUGAGAUUAUCUUGUCUGCCUUUGACAACUUCAAAACGGUGUGCUCAGAGUCGAUGCGUUUUGAGAAACUCAUGGAACACUUCAAAAAUGAAGAUGACAACAUUGAUUUCUUGGUGGCCUGCAUGCAGUUUAUUAACAUUGUGGUCCACUCAGUGGAAGACAUGAACUUCAGAGUUCAUCUGCAGUACGACUUUACCAAACUAAACCUGGAUGAACACCUAGAGAGGGUGAAGCACACAGAGAGUGACAGACUGCAGGUGCAGAUUCAGGCAUAUCUGGACAAUGUGUUUGAUGUCGGGACCCUGCUUGAAGAUGCAGAGACCAAAACCGCUGCAUUGGAAAGAGUGGAAGAAUUGGAGGAGAACCUGAGCACAAUGUCGGAACGUCUGCUCGAUGUGGAAAACGAAGCAAUGCUGAAGAUCGUCGAACUUGAGAAGCAGCUGAUGCAAACCAACAAGGAGCUGGACCAGCUUAGAGAUGUAUAUGCCAACACCAACACACAGGUACACACACUGCGGCGGAUUGUUCGGGAGAAAGACCAGACUAUCCGUCGUCAGAGUCGUCUAGAGCGUCAGGCCCAGGAGGCGCAACAAGCAGGAGGCCCUGGAGCUCCUCAACCCCAAAGAGGGGAAGGUGAUGGGGGUGUGGUCAAUUGUGCCUCACCCUCACCUCCCCCCUGCUCCAAUCUCUCCCCCAGCCCAGAAACGGUCGCCUAUCAUGCAAUGGGAUCAGGAAUGGGGGGAGCUCUAGAUAUGCCAUCCUUACCCGUGCCUCCUCCACCGCCACCCAUGCCAGGUUCGGUGUCCAACGGGUUGUACCCGGCACCGCCACCCCCUGCUCCCCCUCCUCCCCCACCUCCUCCGCCCCCUCCAUGUCGGACUAGCGAGCUCUCGUCCACUCUCCCUAUGCCUCCUCCUCCUCCCCCAGUGGCCCCCCCACUUCCAGGGUCAGGAGGGUCACCCACGGUCAUCUUCAACUCUGGGCUGGCAGAGGGACCACUCAAGUUAUUCUCGGUGAAGAUAAAGAAACCAAUCCAGACCAAGUUUCGGAUGCCAGUCUUGAAUUGGGUUGCUCUGAAACCGAGUCAGAUCAACGGCACGGUCUUUAACGACAUUGACGAUGAAGCCAUCCUGCAGGAUUUGGAUGUGGAAGUCUUUGAGGAGCUCUUUAAAACAAAGGCUCAGGGUCCAGCCAUGGAUUUAACGCUAUCCAGACAGAAACUUCCUCAGAAGGCUGUGUCUAGAGUUUCUCUGCUGGAGGCCAACCGAGCCAAGAACUUGGCCAUCACACUGAGAAAGGCUGGCCAGGGCCCAGAGGUCAUCUGCCGUGCCAUCCACACGUUUGAUCUGCGGACCGUUCGAGUUGACUUUGUGGAGUGCCUGAUGCGUUUCCUGCCGACAGAAGCCGAGGUGAAGCUUCUUCGUCAGUACGAGCGAGACCGAAAACCUUUGGAGGCACUGAGUGACGAAGACAUCUUCAUGAUCCAGUUCAGCCGCAUUGAAAGACUCAACCAGCGCAUGUCCAUUAUGACCUUCAUGGGCAACUACUGUGACAAUGUGCAACUGCUAACACCGCAACUCCAUGCCAUGAUUGCUGCAUCCGUUUCCAUUAAAUCAUCUCAGAAACUGAAGAAGAUACUUGAGAUCAUCUUAGCGCUUGGGAAUUACAUGAACAGCAGUAAGAGAGGUGCUGUGUAUGGAUUCAAACUACAGAGCUUAGACCUGCUCCUGGAGACAAAAUCGACUGACAGAACCCAGACGUUGCUUCACUACAUUGCCAAUGUGGUCAGAGAAAAGUAUCCUGCAGUGGCGCUCUUCUUCAACGAGCUGCAUUACGUGGACAAGGCUGCUGCAGUGAGUCUGGAGAACGUGUUGUGUGACGUGAAGGACCUGCAGAGAGGGAUGGAACUCACCUGGCGUGAAUUCAGCAUGCUGCACAACUCCACCUUGAAAGAUUUCAUCAGCAGGAAUGAAUCUCGACUCAACAAACUUCAGGAGGACGCACGCAUCGCCCAGGACGCUUUUGAAGACGUGGUGAAAUUCUUUGGGGAAAGCUCGAAGACAAUGCCGCCAUCCGUCUUUUUCCCCAUUUUUGUUCGAUUCAUCAAAGCUUACAGGUUGGCUGAGGAGGACAAUGAACAGCGGCGGCGUCAGGAACAGAUGAUGUUGGAGAAACUGGAACAGGAGGAGCAGCAGCAGCAGCAGGAUGAAGAAACCAAGUCGCCAUCUCACAAGGGCAAACGGCAGCAGCAGGAGCUGUUAACUGAGCUAAGACGACGACAGGGGAAGGACAGCCGCCAUGUUUACGAGGGGAAGGAUGGCGCCAUUGAGGACAUCAUCACCGCAUUAAAAACCGGCCCCUUCACAGCUCGAUCAGCCAAACGUAGCUCUCGCUUCUUCUGUGACCCCGCCCACACUGAAGAACACUACUGAUGUUGGGCUCCCCAUGAAUUCAUGGCAACAAAUAAGCACUUUGAACAUUUGGACAUCAUGCGAUCUAAUUGGUCAGUUUGUGAACCAAAUUGUUGGAGCAUCCAUUUGUAUGCUGUCGAUCAACAAAGCACCGGAAGAUAAUUCCAUUGCAGUUAUGGUGAACAAUUGUUUUGUGUCCAGUUAAGAGUGAUGCAGCGAAUCGUAUAAAAUAGCAACAAAACGCACACACUCAACUUAAAGUGAGUCCCAUCAAAUUGUUGCGACGUUUCUAACAAUGUAGGAAAGGUUUUCCUGAAAGAAACAGGGUUCUACUUUCUACCGUAUUUAACGGAUUAACAACCACAUUCCACAUCAUGAAACUUUGUCAAAAUCAUCUAACAAACUUUCUGACUGAACCAUUUGAGAAUAAGUGUGUACGACACUUUGGAUCAUUCAUACCGUGAUUGACUUGGGUUCCAUUCCCGUCCGUCUCCUGGUCCUGCUGGCCUGUGUUCACUGAUCAUUUGUGUUAUGACAUGUUUACUUGUCCUUCACUUCUGUUCUGCGGUUUUUAUGCUCUUUCACUGACUCUGUAUUAAUGACAGUCUUUUUUGGAGUAAUUCUGAUUAUUUAUGUUGUGCAAAGAGCAUUUUUCGCCAGUAAGCAACCAUGCUGUUAGCAUUGACUUUUGGGUUGUUUUGAGUCGUUGUACUUUAUUUCUAUUGUCAUUUGUGUUCAUCAUCACUAACCUGUGAGGAGUGAUUGCAUUAUACUAAUUCUGAAGGUCAAAUCUACUAAAGCUAAACUUGAUAGCACACACGAAGCGGAUCUACAACACUUGUGCGGGUCUUACGUGAGCCAAAUAAGGAGUGCAAUCCAUUUGGCGUGUCUUUAAUGAAUAUGCAGAAUAUAUGCUGAUCGUCAAAACGCCCACAAUACUGGGAGAAGAUGCAAAUAUAAUCAUUCAACACGCGUGAUUUAUCAAGGCCGAUCGCUGUUCUGCGGGCACUAUUUUGCGGAUGUACAAACCCUGUUUCCAUAUGAGUUGGGAAGUUGUGUUAGAUGUAAAUAUA